UCCAAAAAAAAAAGCGGUUCUUCACCUCAAUCUGGUCUUGUUUUCAUGUUUUUAGUUUUGUUUCACAGAUAUUUUAAAUUUUCACUAAUUUCGUUUAAAAUGUGUAAGAGUAACGGUGGCGGAGGUUGCUCCAACAUUGCAGCUAAUUGUCUAUGACAAUUUGUCAUCCGACGGAAUCCUAGAGUUAAUCUACUCGUUCAUGAAAACUGCAGACUGAUAAUUUCACAUUGAAUUAAAAUGGAGCUGUCAAUACUGAGCGAAAUGGAAAGUAUUUCCAAUUUUCAAGAUGCACCGGAACCGGAAGUUGAGGUGGAGGAUAUUAGGCUUACGAAAAGCCCAAGUCCACUACCACCAGCAGGAGAAGAUAACCAAGGCCUGAGGACUGACGAGAGUGACAACGAAAACAUGGUCAUUGCAGAAGAAAAGAGUGAUGACGAUGACGACGACAUGAAUCUAUCUUUCCGUUCAAAGAAGAAGACAAGGUUUAUCACCAGCGAUGAUGAAGACUCAAAUUCUCGGCACAAAUCUCCAGAAAAGUCUCGGUCCCCAAGUCCAUGGUCUCCAUCCCCACCGUCAAAUGUUGAUGAUUCUGCUGAUGACGAACAGCUUCUCGAUAUUCCUCCCACGACGUAUGGCAGAAUAUCUUCAUCUAAAAGUAGAAGGCAAGUGUCGUCACCAACUCCAUCGUCUCCAAUUCAGUCGCAAGAACGGUCUGCAUUUUCUCUCAAAACGCUUGACCCUGACAUUUAUGGGGACGAUUCUGAAGAAGAAGUACGUAGUUUGCAUAGCUAUCAUGGAGGAAAUUCCUCAGACUCUGACCACCACCGUGAAAAUGACGACAACGAGAAUGACCAGAAUAACAAAAAGACUGGUAAAGCCAAGAAGAAGAGGAAAGAACCACUUCCUAAGCGAAAAGCUAGUGAGAAGGCGAGAGAAACUAUGAUGAAAGAGUUGGCGUCCAAGACGCAGAAAAUGGUUCGAGAAUCCAGAAUUGAACUUCCCUAUCACAAACCCAAGCAGUUGACGCUGGACGAGUUUUUGAAAAGGAGGAACCGAGCGAGAGCCCCACUUUUGGAGAGUUUAGUUCAAUCUGGGGAAAAUUUAGGGUGUGGGGCUCGGAAUGGGAUAAGUAUGGAGGAAGAUGUUCUCCCCAUUCUGGCAGAGGUCGAGAAAGACGACGAGGAAAUCAGAAGGAACAAGGAGUUGGCAGAUAUGCUGGAGAAGGUUGAACCUGUAGUAGUACUGGAGACACUGCCAAUGUCUCCAUUGGGGGAUAGCGUCGAGAUGGAGAUGGAAGUGAACGAUGAGGAGAAACAAGUAAUCCUGUCGGAAGAUUAUCACCAGGAAGAAGAGGGGGUAGAUUUGGGCAGUGCAGCUAUUGUCACAGAAGAGAAAGACGACGUUGAUAAUGGUGCAAAACAAAUUCCAUCCAAAAUUGACAAUGAUGAUAUCAUCACGGAUGAAGUUAAACAAUUAGUAGAAGAACCAGUAAUAACAUUUGCGCAGGAUGACGCUAUUAAUACGGAUAAGAAGACUAAAGAUAAUGAUAAUCCUUCAACCUUUGACGAGCCUCUCGUCAUUGUCGAACCGGAAAACCAAACUGUUGUCAUCCCCUCUUCACCAAUCAAGAACCAAGAAGACGAUCCAACCCCUAAUAUCACCACCACUUUAGAAGAUCCCACGUCCACAUUUGUCCAGGACGAGGCUGCCUUAAACGCAUUCCUUUCCGAGAACAAACCCAAACCGAAGAAGCUAACAAUAAAAGAAAUGAUAAUGAGGAUGCCCGGUUAUGACAAGAUUGCACAAAUGAAACCAGUCAUUGGCGGAGUUCGAAAGGGAUUCAGGGUCAACCCAAACGAGAUAAUUGAUCUCAGGGAUGACAUGGAUAAGAACAAACCGAACAAGAAUGCAAAAGCGAUGGAUACUUUGAUAAGUCGUUUUGCCAAACAUGCAUGUGCUGGUGCGUCUGCAAAUGUGGAAGAUUCCAAACCACAACAUUAUAAGCUUCAUGUCAAUAAAAUUGAGAAGGAUUCUCAAGGAAUGCUUCACUCCGUUGUAGACGAUAUUGACUAUGUUUCUACACCUGCGGACGACGACCUCGACAUUAUUACCAAAAUAACCCGAACUACUGGAUCCUCCCCUCGUGAACAAGUGCCUGGUGAGAAAAUGUUUCGUCUCAAGAAAGCUCUCAAAGACAGCAUUCGUGCCAAAAAGGCGAAAGAGUAUGAAGAGAGAAUUAAGCUGCACUCCAUGUACAAUGACGAGUUGGAGUUCAAGGAUGAUCUUCCCGAUGAUGAGAUCAUCCUUGAUGACGAAGAGGGCGAAGGUGGUGUGUCUUCUGAAGAGGAUGAAGAAGAUGACGAAGAGUUUGACGAGGAAGAGGAGGAGGAAGAAGAAGAAGAUGUAGAAGUUGUGUCUGGAACAAAGAAGAAACGAAAGAGGUUGUUGUACGUUGAUGAUGAAGCCGAGGAUGAAGAUGGUGACCAGAUGUCCUCCAGUGACGACGACGACGAUGAUAUUGAUGGGGAAGAUGAAGGUGAUGGGGAAUUGGAAGAUGCUGAAAAUUCUCAGUCACAGAGCUCAAAAGUAGAAAAUAGUGAAGAUACAACUGAUUUUAAAUCGCAAAUUCCGAAAACAGUAGUGUCCGACUUGGUCUCACAAUCUCAACCCGUGGAUCAAAUUGCCCAACUUUUGUCAAAGACGGGCCAUGAAAUUGAUGCCAAAGAUCUCGACUUGUCCAAUCUCUGCUCGGGCAAAUUUCCUAGUCAAGAAGUACCACUCACCCCGUUCGAGAGUCAAGCUCAAGAUUGCUUUGGAUUUGAUGAGGACGAUGACGAAGAAUUGGGGAACAUGUCCCUUACCUCAUAUGCAACCACACCUGGGACAGGAGCUUCUAAUAUCAAUAAUGAUACUUCUAUCAUUUCAGCCCCAAUUGUAGAUGAUACCGAAGAAGGAGAGAUUGAUUUAAAUAAAUCUAAAUCUGCCACUGAGAAGAAAAGUGAUGAAACACCCAAACGAAAUCAUAAUAGCAUAUUUGAAGAAGAUAUAGACAAUGCCUCAGAUAACGACGACAUUGUACAACAACCCAAAAAAAUCAAACCAAAACGCCUCCACUUUUCAGACGAUGAAGAAGAAAACGACGAUAAGAACGAAAUCGAAACCUCUGCUAUGUCGUCACAUGACGAAAACGAGACUAACGACGUACCUGACGAAAUACCUAACUAUGAUGAUGAGGACGACGACGAGGAAGCAGAAUUUGAAAGACAACUAAUUCGUCAAAAAGAACAGCAAAAAGCAAAGCCCAAAGGUCUCUUUGGUGCAAAUGGACUAUUAAGGAAAAAGUUUGUCGAGCAUGAGGCUGAACUGUCUGGGAGUGACGAUGGUUCGGGGGACGAGGACGAGCAAGGGUUGAAUUUUUACGAACAAGAAGAUGGAGACGAAGAGGAGUUGGAUGAAGAUGCAGUACGGACUGAAAUUGAGAGAGCUCAUUUGAAACACUUGCUGGACAAGGAUGACAUGGAGAUUCGAGAUUUACAGUACGAAUUUUUAGAGAAGGGGGAUUUGGAAGAUGGAAAGCAACGAGAGAGAAAAUUCAGAUGGACUGAUGUCGAUGACGCUUGGGGCGAUGACCACGCCAUGAUGGGAGAUUUCGAUGGUGAUGGCGUUGGAGAGGAGGAAACAGAAGAAGACGCGAAGCAAAGAAUUGCAGAAAUAGAACGUCGAAAAUGGAUAAAUGAAAACUCUCAGAUGCUAGAAGCCACAGAAGAAGAAUCUCAGAGAAGCAUGUUUGAAAACAGCAAAUUCUUAAAAUUGGGCCGCACUACAAAAAAGAAAAUUGAAAGUUUUGUAGAAAAUUCUUCAUCAAGUUUCAUGAUGAUGAACGAGUCAAGUAACAGCGUUCAGCAAGAUUCAUCUUUUUCUGCCUUGAUUAAAUCGAAAAUUACUGGAAACCCGAAUAGUUUUCUCUCUGCAUCAAAACUCCCUAACAAUGACAUAUCUAAAGAUGAAGAAGACUCGGUAAAAUUGUCGUCAAAGUCGCAGCCCCUGUUUGCUUCACCAGAUGAUCCGUGCUCCAAGAUGAAACGAGGCUCCUUCUUGUCCCGAGGUUCUCCAUCGUUGACACGUCUCGCUGAAAUUACGAAAUUAAAUGUUCCUAAAGCUAACGAUGUAACAAGUAAUGUCAAAAAUAACUCUAGAAAUUUCGUCUUUUCCGUUAUAACCCCUCCGGAUCAGGCUUCAAAACAGAACAAUAAGGCUGCCAAGCGUCCAGCACACAGUCAGGGAACGCAACCUAAGAAAUUUGUCAAGAUGGAUCGAUCUUUCAGCAACAUGGACGAUUCUAGUAAAGAUGCAAGCAUUUUUAAGUGGUUUUAAUCAUCUAAGUAUAUGUAAAUAAAUCCAAAUUUGUAAUAAGUAUAUGUGCAAUUUAUUUUUGAUUUAUUUAUUGUUGUAAUAUUUAAUUUUAAAAUUUAAUGAUUAUUGGUUGUAUAAGCAAUACUUUCUAUCUCAGUUGUAUACUAUAUGUACAUAAUUCGCCAGAGUUGUGCAUUUUGUAAAUCGUGUUCAGAACGAAAAAUAAAGCCGCAUAAAAUCGCAGUUUA